AUUUAAUUAAGAAAGAAAGGGUUUUUGGUAGAAUGGAUAUAGUUUUCACCAGGCAGUUAACACCGACAUUGUUGUCGUAUUAUUAAAUUCAGCAAAACUUAAGUAGUAAAUUUUGUUAUGAAACGAAGUGUCGUUUUAUAGAAAUAAUAUUUUUUUUCAAUGUUCAAGGCAUGUUCAAAGACAUUUCAUUUUUUCGAAUCGAAGUUAUGUAGUAGAUACUUUUUGAAAUAACAAUUUAACAAUAUUUUAUUUAAGCAACAAUGUCAAAAGUUUAUAAUUCACUAUCCAAAGAAAGUUAGAAAGUCAAAUGUGAUAAUACAGAGAGUUGGGACGCUCUCUAACGGCAACAUUCGCAGCAAAAUUUCCAGAUUAUAUUUUUUUAUUAUCUUUUGUAUGUUAAGACAACAGGCGGUAUUAUGGUGACAGGUACGAAUGGUGCUGAUUACGAGCAUAGGGAAAAAAUAGCGGCUCAGUAUCAAAUAAGUGCAUUGAACAAAUCUCGUCUCAAAUACUGUGUGUUUUUUCACCAUGUUCUGUUCCUGACGAUGAUGGCUAAGCUCGCAGCCGAUAUUCUUGACAAGCUAGACAUAUUCAUACUUGAAAUAGAAGAGCUUCAAAUACCACAACCUCUUUGGUGGGAGUACAUCUGGUGUCUAUCUCUCCUACUCUCAUAUCUUGGAUUAUCAGCAAUCAAACGUAACAAUGUGAAGAACCUCCGUCGAUACGUAUAUGGUAUUAUGGCUAUAGGACUUGGGCCGUUAUUGUACUGUAUGAUAUAUUACUGUGGGGAUGUGUACCAGUAUCUAACAUUAGAUGAAGAUGAGGAUGAUGAUGAUAUACAAAUGUGGCAGGGUUAUCCCUAUGGACUCUUGUGGUAUGCCUUCAUACUUCUAGCAUCUCAAGUACACUUCUUCCAGCUGUAUUUCUCCUACAACUUGCUCAAAGCGUGGCGGGCACGGGGUGCGUACAGGAAAGCCGACUAAAACAUUUAUCUGAUAAGGUUCAUUUUCCUGUUUGAAAACAGUUUUAGGGUUAUGUUUUUUUAUUUGUUGUCUAUUUGUCUCUCAUUUCUGUUCCUUUGUUAUGAAUUUUUAUAUCGACUUUUUUUUAAAAUUAAUUUAUUGUUUUUAAUUUAAAAAUGGAUCAAAAGGUACAACAGAAAUGACAUGUGGUAUAAUUAUGUAUAGUUAAACUGUUUUAUUACUGCAAUGUAAUGUGUAAAAAUACACAAAGAACAAGUUUUUUUUUAAAUAUAAUUUUAUAAAAAAUUUGUUAUGGAAUGAUUGUAUAGAAAAAGAGUAAAUAAACUUGAAAUAAUUCUUAAAAAAAAUUAAUAAAAUUUACUGAGAAUUUGUUAUUAAAAUAUAUUGGUCUCAUAUGAAAUAUUACAUCAUUUCUGCCGUACACUUUGUGUCUGCGGUUUCUAAAUGUCAGGUAUGGGCGCUAUUGCUGUGACUUUCUAUAUACAACUUACAUAUAAAUGAAUUUGCAUUUGCGUCUUCUCUUACUCAUAAUUUAAUUAUUUAAAACAAAUAAGUUGUUCGGUGAAAAUAUCUUUAAAAAUGUAGUACUUCUAGCGGCCUAUAUAUAUUUAGAGUACACAACACUAUUGUGUAUAUGAUUUGAAUAACUAAAUGUUUACACAGUAACAGCCUGUGAAUGUCCCACUGCUGGGCUAAUGCCUCCUGUAAUAUGUUUAAUGACCGAUUAUUACAUAAUAAAUUGUGUAAUUUAGUACAAAAAAAUAAAGUGUGCAACUCAGAAUUUGUGAUAGAAUUCAAAACAUUUUUGCGUCAGAAACGUUGCACAAAUUAGACGUAGAAAUUGUAAUGACACAUUUAAAAAUAAAACAUUUUGAUAAACUUAUAUUUAAUGAUUGUUAUCUAGUUAUUUAUAGUUUUGGAUUCAUGGAAACAGGUUGUAUUAAAAGUGUUUUAAUUUAUCAAAAAGUCCAUGGAAAGCAAUGGUAGCUUAAAAUAUAUAUAUAUAAAAUUUUAUACCAUUUCGUAACUUCAAUACUUUCACUGCCACAAGUUCGCGUGGAUUUUGUUUGUUAAUAAAACAAUAUAGUUUUGUUUUUAAAAGACAGAUUAUAUUCAAUGUUGAAUUAUUAUGACACAAUGUAAAUAUAAAUAAGCGUAUAAAAAUAUUUUAUAUAUGUACUUAAAAAAAAAUAUUUAAAAAAAAUAUAUAUUUAUCAAUGUCUAUUUUAGAUAAAAAUAUUAGAAACUUUAUAUAACACAAGUAAGUCAUAGUUAUAGUUACCUAAGUGUACUCAGUGUGUAAUAUAAUAAAUAUUUGAAUCAAUUUCUUA